AUGCCUCAGACGAUCACGGCCCCUGAGAUUAUGGUACCUAUGUUUGAAGGAGACACUCCUUCAGAUCUCUCCGUUGAACUAAUUAUACAACUUAACCUGGACGUGACCAUACUACGCCGCGGUCCAGAAGCGUGGACAAAUGUAUGCGUUCGGGGAUUAGGACAUGGAAAUACUCGGUUGCUAAUCCAACAGGCAGGCACCGGAACCGGACCGAGACCGAAGCUUCCAGUGCCGAUCGCCGGAGUCCUCCGAGACCGCGAAGGACGUCAACUCAACUGCAACUGCCUGGUCUGUUCCCCUCAUCCACUCGUCAUGUUUCCUUCUCGCUCUCACACUAUACUAAGGGCAUCGGGGCCAAAGCUCUUAACCCGCCACGCCCGCACCCUAACCACCGCUCCCACCGUCGCCGUCCUGUACCAGGCCAUCGAGCCGCCGGUCAUCAAUGGCGUGAGGAAGCCGCGGAAACCGGGUGGCUACCAAGACUCCGGCGCAGACAUCGCCUACACACUGCAGCAAAAGGGCGUUAAGGUCCUUAAAUCGGACCCCUCCGCCCACGUGUCCGUCAACAAGGGUUGGACGUUCCCCGAUACAGAGGAGGGGAUCAAUUCCGCGAUCCAGCAAGGCGCGACGCACCUCUGGGCGAAUACGAUUCUCUUCAAUUCGCAUCCGCUCCAGAAGUCGGCGACCUUGACGCCCCUGUCUGACAAAAUCCAUGUCGUCGGACAGCCGCCGGCGCUGGUCGAGAACUUCGAUGACAAGGCGUACCUGAACGGCAAACUAGCGCAACUGGACGGAUUCACGCUGCCGAGGUCGUGGCUGAUAACGCCUGAGAAUCUAGGCGAUGUCAUCAAGCAGAUCGGGAGCGACCGGUAUCCCAUCGUUGGCAAGCCCGUCCGCGGCCGCGGCAGCCACGGCGUCAAGGUCUGCCGCGACCAAGAGCAGCUGCGGAAACAUACGGAAGGCCUCUUCGCCGAAUCGCCCCUUGUAAUGCUGGAAGAGUUCCUCGCCGGCGAGGAAGCGACCAUCACCGUCAUGUCGCCGACGCCCGAGACCCCGCGCCACUGGAGCAUGCCCCCCGUCACACGCUUUAACCACGCCGACGGCAUCGCGCCGUAUAACGGUGUUGUCGCGGUGACCGCGAAUUCGAGGGUCGUAUCCGAGACCGAGAUGAAAGACUCAGCAUACGGGAAAAUCAUGCGCGAGUGUGAGCGUGUCGCGAGCCUGAUAGGGGCUACGGCUCCGAUCCGGGUUGAUGUAAGGAGGUUCGACGAGGGAGGGGACUUUGCGCUUUUUGAUAUUAAUAUGAAGCCGAAUAUGACCGGCCCCGGCCGGCCGGGACGCGAGGAUCAGGCGAGCUUGACGGCCAUUGCUGCGUCGGCUCUGGGCUGGGACUAUGGGACUCUGCUUGAGAAUAUUCUUCAGGGUGCGCAGUCGCUUAGUGUCUUUAGGAACUAUCGCAGCCCUUUCUAG